AUGGACGAAAGCGCGUCUAAUCGUCCGAUAGAUACCCCGGAAGGCUCUGCUGGGGCCGAUGACGCGCAGUCCGGCGCUGCAAAGAAUGCAGCUGUCAAAGACCGGAAGUGUCAAUAUUGUCACCAAGCAUUUACCUCGUCUUCCCUGGGCCGUCACCUCGACCAGUUCCUCUUUAAAAAGAAACCGGACGGUGUCCAUGAUGUCGAGGAAAUCCGGCGCAUUCGAAGUGGCAUCACUCGACGACAGGCUCGCACCUCGUCUGGCAAACGGGACACUCCUGAACGAAUCAUAGGGAAAGGCCAGUUGGAUCCGUAUGCGAGUGACUCAGGUGCGAAGCCACGCGACGGUGUUAGAAUGAUGUUUAACACCCCCACCUGGCAUGCGACUGGUGUUAUCAACGAUAUUCCCAACCCCAGUCAGUCCCACGAUGUUUCCAGCACAUCACGGUUUUCCGCUUCGCAAACUCGGGCCCCUAAGCCCCUCCCUGAUUAUGCGAGCAGAGGCGCUAGCGCCAACAAUCCUGAUACGAUGAGAGCGCUGGAGCUGGCUUUACGGGAAGUACUGGACAAUAUCAAGGCCGCAACUUCAAGAAUGCGCCCUCGAUUGUCUCCAUUCGACUUCGAUAUUCAGUCGCAAACGUUUCCUUCACUCUGUCUGCAACUGCUACCCCCGCCUCCAAGCUUAUUCGCGACUAGCUCUUCGUGCUAA